AGUGAGGAGAGGAGAAGUGAGGAGAAGUGAGGAGAGGAGAGGAGAGGAAUGUGAAAACUGAUGAUUCCAUACCACAACUUCCUUACCUCUAUCUCCCUCUUACAGACAGACAGACAGACAGACAGACAGACAGACAGACAGACAGGCAGGCAGGCAGGCAGGCAGGCAGUCAGGCAGGCAGGCAGACAGACAGACAGUGUGUUGUAUAUUGAGGACCAGGCUGUGUUGUAUAUUGAGGAGCAGGCUGUGUUGUAUAUUGAGGAGAAGGCUGAGCUGAUUCGGGAGCUGAUCCGGGAGCUGAUUCGGGAGCUGAUUCGGGAGCUGAUCCGGGAGCUGAUCCGGGAGCUGAUCCGGGAGCUGAUUCGGGAGCUGAUUCGGGAGCUGAUUCGGGAGCUGAUCCAGGAGCUGAUUCAGGAGCUGAUCCAGGAGCUGAUCCAGGAGCUGAUUCAGGAGCUGAUCCAGGAGCUGAUCCAGGAGCUGAUUCAGGAGCUGAUCCAGGACGCAGAAUGCAGGAUGGGACAGUGUCCUCUCCUCCAUCCUCCUCUUGCUCCAUUUGAUUCCCCCCUUCAUCACGAGGCUGCAAAAGACCAGGCAAUAUGUCUGCCUCUCCGUCUGCCUAUCUCAUCAUAUCCAAAAAGGCAGGAACCAGUAUUAGGGAGCACAUUGAUACCAUUGUCCAAAGCAGUCAACUGUACUUUCUUGUUGUCGGGACCAAGAGGCGAGCAGCAUCCAUAGUUACUUCAUCAUCCUGGACAAGCUCUGCCAUACAACUCCACACGCGCUCCUGGUGCCUUCGAUGAGCUCUUCAAGACACAGUGUUUGGAACCUCUUACAGUCUGAUGCUGCAACAGAAUGUACACCUUCAUACAGACAACAAGAUAGAUAUUGAGAAGGUUAAGGAGAGUCCACGUGUUGCAGAGCUUAGAGCUAGAUUCCUACACUAAAGCAGAAAUUGAGUUCAAAUAUGAUUUUGUUUUGUUUGACAUUCUAGUCAUGGGAGUACCAACUUGCUUGCGAGGCAUUUCAUUGUUGUUUCAUGGACUUUGCCCUGGUAAAACACUUAAGUUGAAAUGUGGUUGUUGUCAUGUAUUUGGUACUUUUUCAGGCUUAUUAAGGAAACAUGUAAACAUGGAGGACAAGAUGUUGGACACAGGAAUGGAUGUCAAUGUGAUGUCAUGCCUACCAGUUCUUACAGAAUGUCUUGCAACACAUCCUUGAUUUGUGUGCGUCAGCUAUUGCACAACUGCAGGCUGCAGGUGUAGGUCAGAGAUCAGAGGGUGUACGUCAGAGGAUGUAGGUCAGACAACUGUGAAUAAUUUGUGUGUAACGCUCGUCGUUGGGAGACAGAGAGGAGGACCAAGGUGCAGCGUGGGUAAGUAUUCAUAUUCUCUUGUAAUGAAAACGAAUACUUGCACAAAAACAACAAAACACGAGAACGAAACGAAAACAGUCCUGAACGGUGAAAUACAAACACAG